AGCUAAGAAUGUCAGGUCACACAACAACUGUUUUUGGCCACAACUCUCUACUCUUGCUAUGUUAUAGUAUAUCUGUAUUAUAAUAUAUCUCUUUUCUGUCUUUAUACUCCUUGUUGCUGGCUUGAGUUUUGUCUUUGUAUCUCAGUUGAGAACCACCACACUGACGGUUGACUGUUUUCUCAACCAUUUGCAAAACCCCAGAAACGCUUUGUGUUUGUCUUCUUCUUCCUCUCAGAAUAUGACUUUCACCCUGUGACCUUUGUGCUCCUUCUCACUUCCCAUUCCACCUCCCUAUCGCAUCUCUGUCUCCGUUGGGUUGCUAAAUUUCCUUCUUUUUAAUACCAACCAAAAAAAAAAUCCUUACUUGAGGUGGGUAUAUUUAGAGUCAUGGCAGUUUGCUGUGAUCUUGAGGUGGAUAUCAAUGGGGAAGAGACUUUCAUGGUAAACAAGGAAAUUGUUGCUCUGUAUUCUAGUAGAUUAAGCAAAUUAUUUGCUAAAUCAACAGACACUAAGAGAAAUCUCAAACUGAUAUUUCAUGAUUUUCCCGGGGGGACACAGAGUUUUGAGCUUCUUUUAAGAUUUUGCUACAACAAUGGCCAGAUUGAUAUAGCUCCUUCCAAUAUUUCCCUCCUACAUUGUGCUGCACAAUUCAUGGAGAUGAAGAAAUCUACAUUAGAAAAACCCAAUUUACUUGAACAAACAGAGAAAUCACUUGAAGAGAUUAACUACUGGACAUGGUCUGAGCUUCUGGGUUCUUUGAAGCAGUGCCAAGAAUUUCUUCCAAUUGCAAAUUCUUCAGGUAUACUUGAAAAAUGCCUUGAUUCUCUAGUUGGGAGGCUGGCUUUGACCAUUGAAGCAAGCCCUUGUGCAUCUACUUCUUCCACAGAUAGCUCUGGGUUUCGGUUCUCCUCUGACACUAGCACUGAGAGUUUGAAGAACAGCUUCUCUCGAGUAACCUGGUGGUUUGAAGAUCUUAUAAUUUUGGGACCUAGUUUGAUUGAAUUUGUGAUAAAAUCCAUGGUUGGGCAAAAAAUUGAUCAAGUCAUCAUAAGUAGGUUCCUCUUUUAUUAUCAGAAGUCCAAGUUCUACACUGCCACAACAGAAGAGAAGAGCAAAAUUUUAGAAACUGUCAUUGAUAUGCUUAAUACACUUGAUCGGAGCUCCCUUUCAUGCAAGAGUUUAUUUGGGAUUCUUCGAGUUGCUUUGAGUUUAAACAUAAAAAAAAGUGGUCGGAGCAAGUUAGAGAGUAUGAUAGGCUAUUUGAUGGACCAAGCAACACUAGAUAAUAUACUGAUUCCAUCUCCAAAUGGGACGAAUUACUUAUACGAUGUGAAUCUUGUUCUUAGGUUCUUGAAAGCAUUUCUGCAUAGAGGAGGUUGUCAAACAUCUUUGUCUUCACUGAAGAAAGUUGCUAGCUUGAUGGAUUUGUAUAUGGCAGAAGUAGCUCCAGAUCCUUGCUUAAAACCUUUAAAGUUCCUUUCUCUUGCCUUGGCGCUGCCAGAUUCUUCCAGGGACUCUUAUGAUGAAAUGUACCAUGCUAUAGACAUGUAUUUUGAGGUGCAUGCAGGAUUAUUGGAAGAAGAGAAGAUGAAUAUAUGUUUUUCUCUUAAUUAUGAGAAGCUUUCAGCCGAAGUUUGCUUGCACCUUUCUCAGAAUGCUAAAUUUCCAUCAAAAACUGCACUCCAGGCUCUCAUCUCUGAGCAGUUCAAGCUCAAAAACUUGCUUGAGAGCACAAACAAUACUCGAUCCUGUACCGAUUCACCUUGUAGCCUCCCCAAGACAGGAAGCAAGGACAAGAAAGAUGAAGCCAAUGAACAAGUUGUUCUCUAUGCUGGAAAGCUUGAUCUUUCAGCUGAUAAUGAGAAGCUCAGAGCACAUUUGCAAGGAAUGCAAUGGAGGGUGAUGGAACUGGAGAAAGUUUGUCGAAAAAUGCAAACCCAGGUGGCAAAAAUCAUGAAAUCAAAAGUCCCAAGCCAUAGAAAUGCCAGAUCCUUACCCAAGCUUUGUUCAUGAUAGUAAUUUUGCAUAGUUUGUCUUUAGUAUAUUUCCUCAGAUCUGUAUAGCACAAUGAUUAUAUUUCUUUAUUAUUAAAGUUGUUUCUUUUCUGCAAAUUUUAAAGGUGACUGACAGUAUUUUCUUAACAGCAUUAAAAUUGCAAUCUUGGUUGUACAGUUACAAAAAAAGAAGAAAAAGUUUAGUGGGCUUUUUCUUGA